CAGCGCAGAAAUCGUUGACCGCAAUCCUUAUCCGCAUUGCCACUAGUAGCACAUUGACAGCUUACUACUACUCGUUGUUAUUCUAAUGUCCGAUGGCUGACAGUUGGAGAUGGCCCUUAAUAUCUCUUCCAUUGACCAUGCUCAUCGUCGUUCGUCUUCUUCUUCCCAUCACCAUCAACAUCUUCUUCUCCAUAGCUACAGAAGCUGUCACAUCAUACAGACUCAUUCAGCUUUCGUUCUCUACAUGGAGAAACCAGAUAGAAGCAUCAUCACAUUCCUGCCAAAGCUUGCCACCGGACGCGAGAAUCCGAUGAAGCCGAGGGCUCAUGGCCAGAGCAGAUCCUUCUCGGGGCCGAUCACAGGCUCCAUUAUACCCAUAGAAGCUCGACGCAAGCAGAAGAGACGCGGCGGCUUCGAGGCGCCGCAGGAACCCUCGUCCCCGAAGGUGACGUGCAUGGGCCAGAUCAAGCUCGAGAAGAUGACCGCCGGGUGUUGCCGGAAGCCCCCACCACCGGGUCGAAAAUGGAAGCUGGCAUCCUUCAUCCGCCAGAUCUUCCGGCGUCCCAAGGUCGGGCCGGCGGGCGGUGGCGGGAAGAGCAGGCCGCCGGUGUCUGCACCACCGUCGCUCGGAGGGAUGAGUAGGUCCGCCGGCGGACGCAACAGCUUGGGGGAUUUCGACUGGAGGAAGGCAGCGGAUACGGAGGAGGUGAUCAUUGCUCACUCUGCACCCAUCAUGGUGGGCGGUGGGGUGGUGGCCGUCGAGCCAAGGAAGGUGUCGUCGAGCCUUUGGAAGAGGAGGGCUGCCGCUCGUCUCACUACUCUUCAAUUAAACUGAUAUCUUUAUUCUUUUUCUCCUUCUCAACUGUAAAUACGAGAGAAGGAAAAGGCUUUCCACAUCGAAUGUUGUUUUCGAUGGACAGAAUUAUUUAUGUACUUUGCAUAGUUAAAGUAAUUAAAUUUUGUUUUUUGAAAGGAAA